UAGACUAAUCCCAUAAGAAGUUAGAACGUUUGUACUGUAGAAUGAAUGUGAUGCGUGUGUGGGUGCGGGUGAAAGCAGUGGCAGGGGUGAAAAAAGAUGAAACGAAUUGGGAAUUGCCUUAUUUUGUCCCUGCAUCUCUUUUUUUUUGUCCAGGAGGACAAACUUUAUAAAUUAGCCGACCAGGAUCAUAUCAGACAUGUCUCGCUUCUCCACUCUCAGUUUCUUCAGCUUAGCACUCAUUGCUCUUUUCUUUGUCUGCCUUGUCCCUGUUGCUGAGGCUGCCCCCACUGGUAAACCCCGGGUUCCGUCCUUUGCUGUCUACUCCAAGAACAACCUGAAGGGCAAGGUCCAGACUGUGUCCAACUAUGGAUGCCACAACCUCAAGUUGCCAGCCGUUUCUUCUGUUCGCCACUUGUCCGAUCCUAAUGUCAAUAUCAAGUUCUAUAAGGACAAGAGCUGCAAAGGCAAGGUCGUUCACCAGAUGGAUAGCUCAACUGUUCGCGUGAUGGGCGGUCCUUUCAAGAGCACCAGCGUCCUUGUCUCUCCAUAAAAAAAAAAAAAAAAAAAAAAGUCUAUAUAACUAUAAUAAAUUAUAAUUUAGAGUGUACAGUUUAUACAUGUUAUCUUUUUUCGAUCUGUCUCUCGUGAGCAUUAAUCUUCUGGAAGAAUUUCGACUAUUCUACACAUUUUUGAC